AAUAAAUAUGCGGAGAUGGUCAUUUGAUUCCCGUAACGUGACGCAUCAUACCAGAAAAAUACAAUUACUCUCGUCGCUGGAAUAAAGUGCUGGGUUCUUGGCUAGCUUUGACUAGGCAAGGCGCUGGCGCCUGCGGUAGGCAGCUGAUUCGCCUCAUCUGACCGACAACAACCAAAUCAAUUUCUUGUAACAUACACUUCGAGUACAUCAAUUCAUAAGCCACUGAUAGUAUUUAUUGCUUUACUUUCUGCUCAGUUGUUCUCUUUUCUUCUCCUGUUUUUCCAGAGCGUUUAUACCCUUUUAGCCCUGAAAUAGCGCUUAUUGCUCUGUUUACUCCCGACCCACACUGUAUACUGCUCACGAUGGAGACCACCAGACAAGCUCCAACCACUGUCCAGACGGCUGCUGGGUAUUAUAAGAGCAUUUCCGUGAAUGACUCCAAUCUGGCAGAGAGGUUCAGCGAUAUUGACGAUGCAGCCAGUUUCCAAGAGAAACAGAAACUGCUGGUGAAUCCUGCGACACGGAAUUUCGUCUUGGAUUUUGGCAAUGAGGAUGCGUGGUGCGCGGGGGAUUUGGAUGAAAAUGAAUUUACUGCGUUGAUUAAUGAACCGAGGCCGAGGUUUUUCGGGACGAGAUGGAUUCAUCUCUGGGCCCCCGAGGCGCAAAAAGAGUCUAUCAAAAUCCUCGCACAACAAUAUGGCCUAUCAUACAGGUUAAUCAAAAUGCUCUGCACAGAUCCUGUGCCAAAAACAAAGUCUCCAAUCGCAGAAGAAAAAGCAUACGAAAAUGUCCCUUCUGGACAACAAGAUGACGAGAAAGCAACCAGCACCGCAAAGCCGGUUGGCAAUGACCUCGAAAACGCGUAUCAUCUGAAAACCAUUGACCCUGCGACAGCAAGUACGGAGACGCUGUCUAUGAGCGGACUGACGUUUUCGCAUAUUAUCAACCAUAUCUGGCAUUUCUGCUCAGUGGAUUAUGGACCGAGAUAUACGUGUAUUGGGUAUAAUUCGCUGUAUGCGGUGAAGAUCGGGGACAGGGCUAUUAGUAACGGCAAAGGUCUGCCGGAUGGGAAACGACUAUGGAGUUGGAUUAUCUUGUGUGAUGAUGGCACCAUCAUAUCUCUCCAAGAAAACCCCUUCCCAGGGCCUUACAAGCCCAACGUCCAAGAAGAACAAGCCAUUCUAGGCGCCGCAAGGCGGAAUAUCAUAUCGAUAUUCUCCGGUGCGUCGAAAUACCACGCCUCUCGUUUCGAUAGUGAGUCCCUGGUGACUGUGCGCGUCCGCCACUUCUCCGAUACCGAGCAGGAUGAGGCAAGUAUCAAACAGGAAGAUGGGCCGAGUUUGAUCGUCUACUAUCUUUUUGACGACUGGGUGUCUAGUUACGGGCUGGUGUCUCGGAGAGAGCACAUGUACGGCGCGAUGUUAGAGGGGCUGAGAAAAGACAUGCUGCAGAAACCCAUGGUCGACCUCGUCGACGACCUGCACUGGCUCGGCCGCCGCCUAGCCAUUCUGAAGCGUCUAUAUCAAAGCUAUGAGCUGGUGGUUACGCGCAUUCUCCAACGGCAGCGCCUACUGCGCGAUGAAUCUAGAACGCGAAGGCCGGGCCAUCGUCGGAAUAUGAGUGUUUUCAGUGAUACGGACAAUCUCGAUGCACACCACAUGUCGCUGAGUGCGACGAGUUUCCUUGAAGCUUACGAUGAUACAGCCGGCGUGCAGCUGAGUUCUGCUGCCGUUGGGCGCUUUGAGCGACUCGCAGAUCGGAUUCGGUUGUACUGCCUGAGCGAGAUUGAGGCGUGUCUGGCGGAGAAAGAAACGCUUACGUUUUUGAACUUCAACUUGAUCGCGCUCAAAGACUCCCAAGCCGUCGAGAAACUAACGCGCAUCACGAUUCUCCUCGCCAAAGCAACCAUUCUAUUCCUCCCCAUCAGUCUCAUGACGGGCUACUUUUCGAUCCAACUGCCCGACGUCGCCGGUCCGCUGACGGCGCGCGCCUACUGGAUUUCGUUUGCGGUGUUGAUGGUGCUAUCGAUUCUCCUCCUCGCGGUGUUUGGGUACGCCAGCGAUACGGUCGAGGGAAAGACCAUCUAUCGGUCUGUCACCAGGUCAUUCUUCAACUCGUCACGGCAGCGGUCUCGACAGUUGAUGACGCAGAAGCGAGAGCGGUGAUUCAACGACAGAACUGUUAUUCUAGUAUUAGCAUUAAUAUAAUAUACACUAUACCC